AUGUCCAGCAAAGACGCCAGCAAGGAACGCCCCACCAACGCAAAUGGCGUUCCUCUCUUCAAGUCAGAUGUUACCAAUCUCGAUGUCAAACUUGACAAGGAAAUCGUCUACGAGUUCGGUGGCCCGCUCGGUGUCACUGCUAUGAUGCUUGGAUUUCCCUCUUUGAUGGUGUACAUGACCGGUGCCUUGUUGCUUCAUGAAGGCCACUUUUAUUACCCUGACGCUCUCACUCUUGACGCGUUCAAGGAAUGGUUCUGGAGCGAGAUUGUUGGCAAGGUACUUCCUGCUGUCGCACCCACUCUCAAGGCUACCAAGAUCUACAUGGGCUAUGUUGUCUUUUCCUUUAUCCUUGCAUACAUUAUGCCUGGCCCUGUUGUGGAAGGUCUCCCUAUCCCCUCAUUGAAGGGCAAACGUUUGAAAUAUCUCUGCAAUGGCUUGUCGGCUUGGUAUCUUACAUUGGUUGUCUCGGCUGUUCUUCAUGUCACUGGUAUCUUCCGCCUUACCGAAAUUGUGGAUAACUUUGGCCCUAUCAUGAGCGUUGCUAUCAUUUGGGGAUUCACCAUGACAACUCUUGUCUAUAUCUGCAGCAUGAUCAAUGGUACUCAACAUCGCAUGUCGGGUAACUUUUUCUACGAUUACUUUAUGGGUGCAGUCUUGAACCCUCGUAUUGGCCCUGUGGAUCUUAAGAUGUGGGCUGAAAUUCGUGUGCCAUGGCCUGUUCUCUUUUACAUUUCCUUGUCGUGCCUCUUGAAACAAUAUGAGAUCCGUGGUGAAGUUACUGCUCCUCAAGCUUUCAUGGUGUUGGCCCACUUUUUGUAUGUCAAUGCUUGCCAAAAGGGUGAAGAGUGCAUUCCUACUUCCUGGGAUAUCUUUUACGAGAAGGAUGGUUUCAUGCUCAUCUUCUGGAACAUGGCUGGUGUGCCAUUCACUUACUGCUAUUCUUCCAUUUAUUUGAUGAACUAUGAGCUUUCUACUGGCACUGCUAUCACUCAUUCGCUUCCUUACACCAUCUUCUUGUACGCCCUCUUGCUCGGUGGCUACUAUGUCUUUGAUACUGGCAACUCGCAAAAGAACCGUUUCCGUAUGGAACAAAAUGGUUCGUUCAUGACUCGCAACGCUUUCCCUCAAUUGCCAUGGGGCCACAUCAAGAACCCUAGCUAUAUCAAGACCGAGCAUGGUAACCUUUUGUUGACUUCUGGUUGGUGGGGCAUUUGCCGUAAGCCUCAUUACACUGCUGAUUUGUGUAUGGCCAUCUCUUGGGGUUUGAUUACUGGUUUUGGUUCAUUCUUGCCCUACUUUUACUUUUGUUUCUUUGUUGUUGUCCUUGUCCAUCGUGUGUCUCGUGAUAUGGAGCGAUGUGCCAAAAAGUAUGGCAAGGAUUGGGAUCGCUAUUGUGAGCGUGUUCCUUACAUCUUUAUCCCCUACGUCUUUUAA